UUUUUUAUUUGGAGCCACGAAGCGUUCAGAGUUCAUUCACGACUAGACGGAGCUCGGUGAGCGCGCGCUGCACGGAAAACCCCCCGAAAAACAAACAACGUACACGCGCUCGCACCUCAGCCCUGCGACGCGAUUUUGGAUUACAUCAAGGAGGAAAACUUUCUUCACUACCGAGAGGAUUCCUGUUUCGUCUUUUUUUUUUUUCUUUUUUUUACUCUUGUUGUUGUUGUUUUAAAUCACGCUGACGGCUCGUGCACCAUGCAGCGAAGAUAAAGGAGGACCCGAUUCUUCGUUUCUGGUCACUUGGAACGCGAUGAUCAAGUCGAUCGCGUUUCGGGGAUCACGACUCUUCGCCAGCGACCGUGUGUGCGGUCCGAUCCUCCAUGGGAAGCAGUGAAAGCGCGCGAGAGCGGAGAUGAGAGCCGCGCUCUGCUGCCUCCUCGCGUGCUGCUGCUGCUGCUGCUGCUUCUCCGUGCCGCACGCCGCCGCCGCCGCCGCCGCAACCGGGGAGGCGUUGAUUCCUCAAGAGCUAAUCGAGAGACUGUCCAACAGUGAAAUCCGCACCAUGAGUGACCUCCAGCGGCUUCUGGAGUUACACUCUGCAGAGAAUGAGGUGGUACAGGAGGCUAAGUGGCGCUACAGUAAAGAACAUCUCGACCACAACGCCAACCUCAAGAGCUCACACAUACGCCCAAGACACAAGAGGAGCAUUGUAGAGGAAGCAGUCCCGGCCGCGUGCAAGACUCGGACGGAGGUGUACGAGAUCCCACGCGCUCAGGUCGACCCUACAGCGGCGAACUUCCUCAUCUGGCCACCAUGCGUAGAAGUGACAAGGUGCUCAGGCUGCUGCAACACCAGCACCAUGCGCUGCCAUGCUACCAAAAAACAACACCGGAAUGUCAAGGUGGCUAAGAUUGAAUAUGUGCGUCGCAAACCGAAGCUGCGGGAGGUGCAGGUGCAGCUGGAGGAUCAUCUGGAGUGUGUGUGCGUGUCCAAACACCACACAGAGUCCCGCUUACACACAGAUGUACGGUGAAUCUGACUGGAUUGUCUUGGAGAGUGUGUGGUGACGUGGUGAUGAAGGGGUCGGCCAUCUUGUCCAGUUUAAAAAUCUUUGCUUCCAUCUGUCAUCAUCGAGCGAAAAGGCAGCCCCGAGCAAAGCGAAGCAAUCACUGCCAUCCACCCACCUGACCUGGAUUAAGCUAAACAGACCGUGAACUUUUGGACUUUUUUUAAAGAAAAGGAAGACACAAAGGAAAUUUGCUUCAUGGACGGGAAACUAUAAAGACUGCAAAUUUUCCUGCGUGGGGCUUCAACGUGGAGUCUGAACACUCACAGCGGACAGUCCCGGGCUUGGAUCUCGGAUCUAGCAUGUAAUGGACAGACACAAUUAUUCACUUCUAUAGCAAGAUUCCUUUCUUCCAGCAAACACUUUUUUUUUUUUUUUUCAGUAUACACUCUUAUUUUUGUAGCCCCAUUUUCUAUCGAGACUCAUUUGCUGUAUGUACAGUAGAAAAAAGCAGCCUUCAAUAGCCUUUAAUAAACUAUUUAUAAGUGCA